AUGGCUGACACAAGGAAACAAGGAGGUGAUGAGGAGACUGGUAACCUGAUCCAAUUGGAAGAGGAGGACAUAAGGGGCGGUGUUAGCUCUUGGAUAAAUAGCUUGAUCGGAAAGCUGUUCGCGGAUAAACAGUUUUCAGUAGGAACAAUGGAAGGGGCAUUGAAAGCAAUUUGGGGACGUCUGGAGGGACUUAGGGUCACCGACAUUGGAGGAAAUAAUUUUCAAUUCUUCUUUGACAGGGAAUGGGAUGUGAUAAGGAUUGAACAGGGUGCACCAUGGUUAUUCAAGGAGUAUGCUUUGUAUGUCCAACAAUGGAAAGAAGGAGUGCGUAUGGAAGAUCAAUUAAUCAAAACUCUGCCUAUAUGGACACAGUUAUGGGGAGUGCCAUAG